AUGAAACGUUUUCUUGCCCCUCUCUGUCUCCUGGGGUCUCUCCUACAGGCCACGGAGCCCUGUGCUGGCCCAACAUCAGAGUUUCAGCUAAAAGGAGAUUAUCUACUUGGUGGACUUUUUGAUAUUCACCAUUUCAGUACACCUUAUCAUCAGGAAAGACCAGAGGCAAUGCACUGCUCCAGUAAGCCCUUCUUAUUGCCGCACUAUCGGUGGUUUGAGUUGAUGAGAUUCUCUGUGGAGGAAAUCAAUAAUUCUACCAGCCUGCUGCCAAAUGUGUCUCUUGGCUAUGAGAUUUUUGACCACUGCUCAGAUGCCCAGAAUUUCCCUGAUGUUUUUAAACUAAUCUCAGCCAACGGCCUGAUCCAGCCUUGGUCGGACCCACAGAGGAAUCAGUCCGAACUCAUAGGAGUCGUGGGUCCUUUCACCAGCUCUCAGGUCCAGACUGUGGCCCCCCUAUUCAUGGAAGGUCUCAUUCCUGUGGUCAGUUAUGGAGGUACCGCCUCUAUCUUUUCUAAAAAAAGCCAAUACCCGUCUUUCCUACGUACAGUGCAUCCCAACAAAGAGACCCUGAAUGUUAUUGUUGACAUUAUAUUGCACUUCAACUGGCGCUGGGUUGCUUUCCUGAACAGUGAUAGUGACUUUGGCAUCGAUGGACUGGAAUUGUUCAGGAAAAUGAUUCUCGACACUGAGAUCUGCCUGGCAUACACAAAAAGCCUUGAUGAAAAUGUCAAUUAUUCAAGAAUGUUCAAGCAAAUAGAGGCACAGAAGGUUGACACCAUUAUUGUUUUUGCUUCAAGAAUGCAAGCUGAGGCUGUUAUUGAAUCAGCAAUACAAUUAAAUGUCACCAACAAGGUGUGGAUGGCUGAUGAAGGAUGGUCUUUAAACACCAGGCUCCCAAAGAUGCAAGGAAUCAGAAAUAUUGGGACCGUUAUUGGGGUAUCUCAGCCAGUAGUAACAAUUCCUGGCUUCAGCGACUUCAUUUAUUCUACUAAAAACCAGCCACCUUGUGAAGAUUUAGAGCAGCAGACGUUUUGUAAUCAGAUUUGCAACUGCAGUGACCUCAGUGCUGAAGAUAUUCUAGAUUCGGACCCUUCCUUCUCCUUUCACGUUUACUCUGCUGCCCUCGGCCAGUUUGUUGAGAAGAACCGAGUAGCCCCUGGUCAGCAGGGUGUGGUCUCCCGAGAACUGGGCAAAGAACUCGUUGUGGUCCCAGGACCGGGCCGAAACCUGCACACAGAACCAGCAUUUUUAGUCCAGUGA